AUUAGGACAGGUUUACAGGUCCUCAUAUAAAAGCAUAAUAUCGGCAUCAACACAUCAUAACAGUUCUAUAUUUCCCAGUGGCAAACAAUUCACUGAUUGUCAAGAGGUUUAGAAAUUUCUCGAAUAAAAAAGAAUUUAAAUAAUUCAAACGGAAAUAGCCAUGUGAUGGAAUCAAUGAAAGAAGUAAAGGAGUGGUUCUUACAAAAAUGUCGUCUCCUACAAAAUGGUAGCAACAACGAAAAUAUGCCAAAUCCAAGUGAAAGUUUAUUUCCUGGAGGAAUGACCCCUAAAACAAUUCCGGAUUUCGUCAUUCCAGGCUCUGGAGAAAGCUCAAGAAGACCUAGUUCAGAGCUUGGUUUGUUUGAAGAUGACAUAUCAUGCAGGUCAAGCUCACAACGAAGUAGUAUUGGGUCAUGCAGAUCCAGCCCAAGAACCUCUAUAAACGGUUCUAUACCUGGACUUUCAGUGCCUAAAAAUACUGAUAUAUGUCGAUCCGCCCCAGUUUCUCCAAAACAUGAAUCUAAGCCUAUUAUAGCGUACAACGACAAUUCACAAUCUAUGGGAUAUUUAGAAAAUAUAUCUUCUGAAACAAAUGCUGAUCCUCUAUCGAUAGCUGCCAUGUCUCUACCCCAUUUCCGUGCGAAAACUUCAUUUGGGUUUACUACAUUAUCACAGAGUCCACAUACUCGUCGAAAGGAGUCAUUAUUUCACACAGGAAGUGAAGGAUUACUAUCUCAAGGUGAUAGAAAUAGAUUAUCAGUUUUGGAAGCAUUAAAAGUACGAUGCAAGUCAGAAGUUCUGAACGAUUUUGAAAAACUGGAUUUUGAAGCCUUUCAAAAAUCAAAAAUGUCGUGUACGCCUUCUGUAGUUGUCACACCUUCUUCGAACGUGAAUCGACCUAAAUAUGAACGAUUAUACGUCAGUCAUCUUUCACCUUCACCAAGGUCAAAUUGUCUGCAAGUACGUACUGGGAGAAAAGAGAAAUAUUUCAGACGUCGUUCAUCUUUAUUUGGGUUGGAAGACUCGCCGGUGUCAUCAGAAGAAUCCAUACCAGAAAAUGUUUCUUUAACCGACGACAAUGGUCUCCCGACGUCGUGCCUUCAGCCUGGGAAAGUAUCAGGUUCUCCUAAUACUAAACGCCAUUCUUCUCCUCAGCUACUUGAGGAUGAACCAUCUUCAGAAAUGGAACAAAAACCGAGAUCUAGUUCGUGUGGAUCCUUGACAAAAAACCAAAUUCCUAAAACCCAGUUUCUUGCAGAAUAUGGGGAACUUAAGUUUGCAUUUCAUUUCUUAGCAGCUUCAAGACUGUUCAAAGUUACAAUAAUCAAAGCUGAAAAUCUUGGUGGUUUGACGAAAACAGAGUAUAAUAUAAAUUCAUACUGCAAGGUAUAUCUGAUGCCCGGAAAGAUUCAAAAGCAGACAACGGACAUGAUAAAACAUACCAAAAAUCCAAUAUUCAGCCAUGAGUUGACUUUUCAUUCACUUACACUUGAGCAAUUACAUGCAAUGGUUUUAAGGAUAAAAAUAUUACAUAAAGCACAUAACCUGAAACUCCCAGAAUUUCUUGGUCAUGUAGACGUUAGUUUGGACAACUUUGAUUUGAUGACAGAAAAUAGGAUGUGGAAAGAAAUUGAUGGAAAAAAGGAGAGAGAGGAUAUUGGUAGUUUGGAAGUUUCAUUGAAUUUUUUGCCACGUGAAGGAAAUUUGAUAGUUGGAGUAAAGCAAGGAAAAGGGCUCCCUCAUCACCAGAUCACAGGACCACCAGUCGGAUUAUUACUUCCGCCCUGUAGAUUUGGAAGUAAGGCACACUACAGAUACCGUCGUUUUUGUGAGUGGAUAAAAGCAUGCAAACGUUUUAAUCCCUAUGUCAAGGUAGAGCUCAGCCAACCAAACCGGUCAGUUUCAAGAAAACAGACGAAAACAAAGAAAAACACAUCCGAUCCGAUUUACGAUGAAACAUUCAAUUUUUCAAUAUCGCCGAAAAUGGAUGAUCUUGCCUAUACAACACUUACAAUUGCCACUUACGAUCAUGAAAAACUGAGAAGUGACGAAUUGAUUGGACAAAUAAAAUUUGGUGUUGGUGCUGUUCAAGAAGGUGAAAUAGACAUGUGGGAAAAAUGUAUAAACUCACCAGGGGUAGAAAUUUCAGAAUGGUUGUUUCUGAUGGACAAUGAUGAUAUAAAAUAAGAAGAAAGGUUUUUCACCGAAGUGUCUGUUUUGUUUUUUAAACAAGUUGGUGCUAUUUGUAUUCUUUGAUUAUUUUACGCUGCAUAUCAUUAUACAAUUUUCCGUGUGUUUACGCUUUAAAAAGACCUGCAUGUUUGAAAGGAAAUUCAUGAUCAUGCGAAACACUUUUUUGUUCACAAAAGCUUCAUCCACAAAUUAUUUAUUAUGUUUUUUUCAACAGCUAUAAAUGUUUUAUAAUUUCUGAUAAAAUAAAAGAAAUACGAAGUUCA